AUGGUUUUAGUUCAAGACUUGCUACACCCUAGCGCGGCUUCUGAGGCCAAGAAACACAAGCUCAAGACUCUUGUGCAAGAGCCAAGAUCAUUUUUCAUGGACGUGAAGUGUCCAGGAUGCUUGCAAAUCACCACUGUUUUCUCGCACGCCCAAACUGCCGUCACCUGCGAUUCCUGCACCACUGUGCUGUGCACGCCAACUGGAGGUAAGGCCAAACUGUCUGAGGGAUGCGCAUUCAGAAGAAAGUAA